UUUACGAAGAUGGUGGGGCGUGUUAGAGAAAAUUCUGGAAGCGAGUCGCUCUCCGUCAACCCCCGCGCGCCAGAGACUCACCAGCCACUCUACAACCAGGCGCGCGACGUGGGGGGCACGUACGGCGUACUGACGUCACGCGACGGGCCCCGCCCUCCGGCCGCCCAUAUAGCGUAGCCCUGGCGCGCGCGCGCACCAUUGUGUGGCUGGACUCGGCCGCCGCUGCGGUGUGAGGCGCGAGUUCGGGUUUUCGCCGUCCCCGCACCCGCACCGCGGCCCCGUCUUGCGGCCCGCCGUUGGAGAACCAGCCUUCGGGACCCCGUUCGCCACGGACAUGCCGCGCGUCUACAUAGGCCGCCUGAGCUACAAUGUCCGGGAAAAGGACAUCCAGCGCUUUUUCAGCGGCUACGGCCGCCUCCUCGAAGUAGACCUCAAAAAUGGGUACGGCUUCGUGGAGUUCGAGGACUCCCGCGACGCCGACGAUGCCGUUUAUGAGCUGAACGGCAAGGAGCUCUGCGGCGAGCGCGUGAUCGUGGAGCACGCCCGGGGCCCACGUCGCGAUCGCGACGGCUACAGCUACGGAAGCCGCAGUGGUGGAGGUGGAUACAGCAGUCGGAGAACCUCUGGCAGAGACAAAUAUGGACCACCUGUUCGUACAGAAUACAGACUUAUUGUAGAAAAUCUUUCUAGUCGUUGCAGUUGGCAAGAUUUAAAGGAUUUCAUGCGGCAAGCAGGUGAAGUCACCUAUGCAGAUGCUCACAAAGAACGCACAAAUGAGGGUGUAAUUGAAUUUCGCUCCUACUCUGACAUGAAGCGGGCUUUGGAUAAGCUAGAUGGUACCGAAAUAAAUGGCAGAAAUAUUAGGCUUAUUGAAGAUAAACCACGAGCAAGCCAUAGGCGAUCAUAUUCUGGAAGCAGAUCUAGGUCACGCUCUAGAAGAAGGUCACGGAGUAGGAGCCGCAGGAGCAGCCGCAGUAGAUCUCGAAGUGUCUCAAAAAGUCGCUCCCGAUCCAGGUCACGGAGCAAAGGUCGAUCGCGUUCUCGAUCAAAAGGCAGGAAAUCUAGAUCAAAGAGCAAAUCUAAGCCCAAGUCUGAUCGGGGCUCCCAUUCACACUCUCGAAGCAGAUCUAAGGAUGAGUAUGAGAAAUCCCGAAGCAGGUCUCGGUCACGAUCUCGGUCCCCCAAAGAAAAUGGAAAAGGUGAUAUAAAGUCAAAAUCCAGAUCAAGGAGCCAGUCUCAUUCCCAUUCACCUGUACCUGUACCACCCUCAAAGGCUCGGUCUGUAUCCCCUCCACCAAAAAGAGCUUCGAGAUCCCGUUCUAGAUCUCGUUCAAGGUCAAGGUCCAGAUCAAGUUCCAGAGAUUAAUCCAGAACUCUGUUCUUUGCACACUAUUACGGAACACUUUCCUACUUGCUUAGGCAGUUACUCUUCCAUGUUUGUACUUGGCCUCUUCUGCAAGAGGAUCUCCUGAGAACAGGGGCAUACAGAAAUUUGAUUUGUGGCCAAAUUUGAUGAAAAAAAUGAGGUUCUAAAAUGGUGGCAUGAAGUUAAAGGCCCUCUCCCUUCUUUGUAGAAUUAAGAUAACUUUGAUUUUAUAGCUUUUGAGCUAAAAUAACUUUUGUAAAGAUUAAGCUCAUUUAGAUUUUUUUUAAGUAUUUCAGCAGGAUCUGCUGCAGGGUUUGUUUUUUGUUUUGUUUGCUUAUUUUUAAAUUAACCGUUUCAAGCUUUGGAUACUUAAGCUUUAGAGGGAGAACCCAAUUUUCAAUUAUGUUAGCUUUUUAUAAAGCUUGAGUUAUGUAAGUUUUAAAUAAAAGUUUGCUACCAAGAUGAUUGCCUUAUUGAAUAGGUCACUGUUAAAUUCUUUAAAUGUUGAUAUCUGGUAUUUGUGGAAACAGUGUAAAUUCUACUUAAGUGUAAAACAAGGCAAGCCUCAGACCAGCAAUAAAUUAUUCAGUUUGGAUAAUGUUAUUUUGUGCUGUUAAUCAAAUUUGCCAAAGUCUUUAUCUGCCCCGCUAACAAGUUCAGUUAAAAAUAAAAGGUAUUUUGUAGUUGAUCUGUUACAUAAUUUUUCCUAAAUUGAUUUUAAAUAAUGAAACUGUUUUCAAGCUUAAAGUUUGAACUCUUUAAAAAGAGCUCCUAGUGCUUGGGAUCUUGUUUAGCUGGUAAUCCCAUGUUCUGGAAGUGAUCGAUGUGACUAGUGUUGUUAAGAGUAGGGUUUGGUGGUCUUUAACACUUGUUAUGUAAAAAUGGAAGUAGCCGUUCUUAGAAAUUUAGUGUAUUCAAAGUGGAAAAGCACAUAAUGCAUUUUCUGCUGAAAGAUCAUUAUACUUAACAGGCACUUAACAGAUCUUGUGGUAAGUCAGUUGGUAAUUAAAGUAAAAUAACUUCCAGUAAUCAGUUUCCAUAGUAGUUAGUGAUAAUUUCUUGGCUCAUACUUGUAAAUUUUAUACUUCCAUGUGGUUGGCUUAAAAAACAAUGAAAUGAGUAUUUGUACUUUGUUAUAAAUGAAGUAUAAUGAAUACUGUGAAAAUCAAAUUAUAUUACAAAUUUUUAGAAAUAAUCCAUACAUCCAUUCCUAAACAGAUUGCAGUUCAAGAAUUGGUAACUUUCCCUUUGGAUACUUCUAAAUAGUUUCAUUUUUAAAAACUAGCUUUAGUCUGAAGUCAAGGUUUAGGUGAAUUGGCUCAGGUUUAAUAAUUUCUGGACCUGUCUUUUAUGUAAAGUACUGAGAGUUGGGUUGUCAAUAAGGUGUGAUAUUUCCUACAUAUUUUAGCUUGAUAUGUAGGGACUGCAUAAUCAGAAGACAAUCCUAAUCAGAUUGAUUGAAAAAAGUGAGCCAAGGAUCUAAGUAGAUGCCAGUCAUAGUAGUUGGAAAUACUUGGUAAUGAGGAAACCUGGUUUUUAAGAAAUUCCUACCUAGGUUUUCUGUUUUAAAAAACUCUUUUAAAAUCAACUUUGGGACUGUAGUGCACCAUAAAAUUAAUGCUGCUUCCGUUAUCUUUUCUUUGAUGCUUUGUUUAUGUAGCUGUUUAUAAGAAAUGGUUUUAUUUUUUCAAGAUAAAUGAGAAUAUAAAAGAAGAAGAAAAUGGAGUCUGUAAUUUUAGUUAUUUUGCCUGUUCAAAGAUUAGAAGUGAUAACUCUUAGAAUUGGCUUUGACCGGUUUUUUUGUUUUCAGAGAAAGACACAUAAACACUUCUUGAGCCACAGCCUUUUAAAAGGAGGCAAGGGGUGACAUUACAGUGAAAUUUGGCUUUCUAAAAAAACUACAUCUCAUUAGGACUUUCUGUAACUAUGACAUCAUUUGGUAAGAGGCAUAUAACUAUAUUAUUAGCUGCCUCAGUAAGUGGGUAAUUGUUUAGGUACAUAUUUGCAUUCAUAAAUUUUUUUUAGUAAUGGUAAAGACCAAUUAUUGAAAAUUCUAUUCCAUAUCUAUAGACCCAAGUCACUGGAUGCACUGAAUCACUGUGUAUAACAUUGGCAUACUUCAGGAAACAGUUGACUAAUUUAAAAUUCUUAGUUCCUUGCUAACUAGUGAGCAGAAUCUGAGAAUCAGCAACAUGUCUCACAUUUUUGUUCAGUGGCUGGGUGCAGUAUUGAUCCUAUAGCACAAGGAAGGUGAGGAGCAUUGGGAAUCCCCUUUCUUUCACUCAGCAGUGUUUUGUUGAUUUGCCAUAGUACCUUUAUGGCCAGUUUGAGUCCUGCCUACUCCAGCUUUUAUGUUCCCAUUCCUGUGUUACCACCUUUCAUCUUGGAUCUUCUUUUUUCCACUUUGUUAACCAGUUUUAUGCAUUUACUUCAAUAAAAUGCUUACUGAGGGAAA